CGCCAUCAUGCCUGAAAAAAUAACUGUGGAAGUUCGAUGUCACGUGACCGACCCAGCGAGAUCUCGCGAUUUGCCUUCACGGAUUAUGGAUUACAGUAAGAUUGGAGGUCAACAGGUACAUGUGGCUUACACGCCCCCUCUUGGAAUCUGUAAAUUUUUAUCGCUUCUUUUUUUUCUAUUUCGCUAAUUCUUUUUAAUACUAUUAUCUCUCCCUUCUCUUUCUUCAAUUCGUCAAUUCUUCUUUUUUCCAUUUUUAAUCAUCUUAUAAUAUAGAAAGUAUAAAAAAACUUUGAUUUCACAUUUUGCAAAACAAUUCUUUGUUACUAAUAUUUAAAUUAGUUAUGGGACGUUUUCAUUAUUUCAACGAAGUAGGUAAUAAACUUUCUUACACAACUUUUUUUAAUAAUUAUGAUCAUAAAUAAACUUCCUACAUGUAUUCGUAAAAAUAAUUAUUUGAAAUGAUUUUGAUUCAUUAUUAUAUCAUUCAUAGUAAUAUCCAUAUCAUUCUCAGUUAUAACAUCAUGUUAAAUUUGUAUAUAUUAUCAGUUCUAUGAAUUCAUAAACAUGAACCUUUACGUUUAAUUUUUGUGUUUCGUGACUCACAAGUUCAAGAACAUGCAUUAAAAUUAAUUGGGCGGGUUUUCAAGAAAUUAUGUAUAGUUUUCAUCGUAUAUUUAAUUGUUUUGGUUAUGUUUAAAUAUUGCGAAUAGUAACCGAUCAAUGCACGUUGUUGUUAGUUGCUGUGUAACAACAUUAAUAUGUUAUAAAUACACUUUGUUAUAGAAACUUAAAUAUUUCUUGAUUUUAGCGUAAAAAAACAAGUUAAAAUGGAACAGGAUUUAAAGAGUAAAAUUGAUCAAGCAUGUAGAACUGCUGAAGAAUUUACAAAAUUAUAUUAUGAAAGUUUGGACAAACGAAGAUAUUUAAUUUCAAGAUUAUAUUUGGAUACAGCUACUUUAAUAUGGAAUGGAAAUGGAGUUGAAAGUAAAGACAAUAUACAAAAAUUUUGGACAGAUUUACCGCCCUCUGAACAUUCUAUUAUUACUUUAGAUGCGCAGCCUAUCACAGGUCCAGGAAUAACUAAUCAGUUAACAUUCCUUGUUAAGGUUGGGGGACAAGUUAAGUUCGAAGAGAAAAGUUCAAAGCCAUUUAAUCAAACCUUUUUGAUCACUGCAGUGGGUGAUAAAUGGAAAAUUGUAAGUGAUUGUUUUAGAGCAUUAGAAACAUAGAAAAAAAUGAUGGUUGAUAACAUUAUAAAUAACUUUGAUCUUAAUCAAAACGUAUCUCUCAUUUAUAAGUUGUAUAUAUUGUAUAAUAACAUUAAGAAAGUGUUCGCAUUAUACAUAAGAAAUUUUAUAAAAUAUGAUAUUGUGCUUUAUUAUUCUAUGAUGCUUGUUAUUGAUUCAAAAAGCAUUUUAGUUCCAUAAUUAUUUUUAUUUUCAUUUUAGAUCUUAUAUGAAUGUAUAAAGCAAUAUUAAAAUUUUGUAUUAGUGAAUCAGUACAUUGGUCUUUUUAGAAAUGUAAUUUUACAUCAAAAAAUAAAAAAUAAAUACAAGUAUAAAUAGACAUAAAACUACUAUAAUACAUAUUAUAUAAAACAAGGACUUUCAUGUCUCUUUUAAUAAUAAUAAUUUCUAAAUGAAUAUCCAUCAGCUAAAAUUCAUUUUUGUAAUUAUCUUUUUUCUUGAAUUCAGUUUUUCAAUUAAUACAAAUAACAAAAUAAUAAUUUAGCUUAUCACAGGUACAAAUGAUUUAAAGAAAAUGAGUAAUUCAACCAAAAUUACAUUGUAUACUAUUAAUGUUAAUAUAUUGAAUGUACUAAUAGGCAGUGUCAUAAGACACAUUUCAUUGGUCACUAUUACUUCUGCUUGUAUUGCAUUCUACUUAGUUUUAAGCACAGAUUUAAUAAAGUAUAAGUUCAAAAAUUCCCAUAAAAUAAAUAAAAAAUAUUGUAGAUUUAACAACAGAAUAAGUAACAAUAUUGGUUGAGUAAUCAAUUAAAUUAAUUAUAUUUAUAUUGAAAAUUAUUGUUAUAACUUUUGAGUAUUUGAAAGUAUAUAUAUUAUAAUUUAUAAAUUAAGUAUAUAAAAAAAUUUUGAACUUUAUAAUAAAUUGAGAAAUUUGUUUUUUAUAAGUUCCAAUUGCAUUAAUACAAUAAUUAAAAGUUAUGACUGCUACACAUUUUGGAGAAAAAUUAUUCUGAAUGUGAACUUACUGGUCCGAUAAAAAUUUGUAUAAAAAAUAUGUGCAAGAGUAAGGAGUCAAUGCGCCGAUAUUUUUAUGAAAAUUUCCAAACAUAUUCCUUUACUGCUGUGCCUUUGGAAGAACAUUUCCAUAUAUCCAUGAUUAAACAAAGCACACGACACUUAA